GUUCCGUCGUUAGCCUCCAUUCUCGGGGGACCUCAGAUCGAAAUCUCUCUCCUUUUUCCGGGCACAUCCCCGGUGUAGCAUCAUCGCUAAUUAUCCUGUGCUAUUAGAUUCCCUGGCGGGGUAAGUUACUUGUUGAAUCGCAUUGGUAUUGGGUUUCUGAGGGAAUGAAAGAGGGGCAUGUUUAGGGUGGAGGGAUCAUGCUGCUAUCUCUGCGACCAACUCGCAGAUUCUGCUAUUCCUCUGUUAUUGCCUCCAGCUUUCACGCUCCAGCUGUAUCCAAUAAUCAGGAGGAGGAGCCUGCCCUUUUCAAGCUUAAAUCUGAGCGACACCCUCAGAAGCUAUUCCACCUCUUUCAAGCUAAUGCUACCAACCACUUGGUCGUUGAAAAUCGUUUUGCUUUCGAAGACACCGUUUCUAGAUUAGCCGGUGCACGUCGGUUUGAUUUCAUCGAGGAGUUACUUGAGCAUCAGAAGACGCUUCCACAAGGUAGGCGCGAGGGCUUCGUUGUUAGGAUUAUUAUGUUAUACGGCAAGGCUGGGAUGACUAAGCACGCCCUCGAUACUUUCUACAACAUGGACUUAUACGGCUGCAAGAGGACUGUUAAGUCUUUCAAUGCCGCACUUAAAGUCUUAACUUUGAAACCUGAUCUUCACACCAUCCAGGACUUCCUUCUCCAUGUCCCCUCCAAGUAUGGGGUUGUAAUGGAUGCAUUUUCGUUUAACAUUGCUAUUAAAUCUCUCUGUGAGAUGGGGUUUCUUGACAAGGCGUCUCUGGUAUUGAAGGAAAUGGACAUGUCUGGCUUGAAACCAGACGUAGUUACAUAUACUACUCUUAUAUCAGCCUUUUACAAGCAUGAUAGGUAUGUGAUUGGAAAUGGACUGUGGAACCAUAUGGUGCUCAAGGGCUGUAACCCUAGUCUCACCACCUUCAAUGUUAGGAUUCAGUUUUUAGUGAAUAGGGGACGGGCUUGGGAUGCUAAUGAUCUGUUGCUGUUGAUGCCUAAACUCCACAUGGAACCCGACAACGUGACAUAUAACAUGGUUAUCAAAGGUUUUUUUGUAGCUGGGUUUCCUGAAAUGGCACAAAGAGUUUAUACAGCCAUGCAUGGUAAAGCUUACAAACCCAAUUUGAAGAUCUACCAGACGAUGAUACAUUAUUUGUGUAAGGCGGGAAAGGUUGAUUUGGGUUAUACGAUGUGUAAGGAUUGUAUGAGAAAGAAGUGGUACCCAAACUUGGACACCGUUAGUAUGUUGGUGGACGGGCUUGUGAAAAAAGGCCAUCUUGAUCAAGCAAAGUUGAUCAUGGGGUUAGUUCACAAACGAGUUCCUCCGUUCAGCGCAAAACAGUUGCUUCCACUUAAGUCUAUUUUGUAA